GUGAUUCUCUCUGUACAAAGUGUUACACCUCGAAGGUUCAAUGGGAUAGAAACAUCAAAUAUCAAAGACAUAGACUUAAUACUAGUCAGGAAACAUAUUUACCAACGACAAAAAAAUUAAGAAAAGAAUUAAAUAAAUUAAAUACUAAUAUAUCUUCUUCAGAAAUAAUAGAUUUACAAAAUGAAAUAGAUAAUUUAAAAAACAGUAUAGAUAACUUAAAACAAGAAAUGGAGUCUAUUACAAGGCCAUCUGUUGAUAAAAUUAAAGAUGGUUUACGACGUGAUGCUUUAACAAUAGAUUUCAAACGUCAUAAUUCUGAAUUUCUAAGUCCAUUUUUAAAUUUAAAAAAAUAUCCAUAUACAAAAAAAAAGAUUGAUAUGAUGGUUAAAAAAUCUGCAGUAUUUUUAUUAGGUUUUUUCCAAAAAAUUUUAGCAAAUAAAAAUAAUGAACAAAUAAUUCCAAAGGGCAAAAAGAAAACAUAUACCUUACCAACAUUUAAUUUGGAAGUUCAGUUCUGUACAUUACCUUCAGGAUAUCAUACAUCAAAUCCACCAGAUCCUAAUAUUAAGUGUGAUUAUGAGGAUUGCAAUAUUGGAGAGGAUUGUAAUUCAAACAUUUUGAUAUGUGGUCAUGCGUAUCAUAAUAUAUGUUUUCAAGAAUUAAAUUGCAAAUGUCAGUAUUGUUUAGAUUAUUUUAUUAAUGGAAUUAAAACUUUAGAAAUUAAUAAUAAGAAAAAUAAGAAAAUCAUUAAAUUAGCAGAAACAAAGCGUCAAGAGAUAAUUAAAUCAGAAGAAUAUUUUUCAGGAGCAAAGAAUUAUAAACACCAUUUAGAUGCAUUCUAUACAAGCCGCCCACUUAGUAAAUUAAUUGAACAGGCUAAAUUACAAAACAAACCAGGACAACAAUUUACCAUAUCAAUAGAUGGCGAUGAUGAAUUAUCAAAUAAAAAAAUUCAACCAAAUAGUUUAAUUGAAUAUAAUUUAAACAGUGAUGCUUCAGUAUUUAUGCCAAUGCAUUUAAAAAAUAAUGGUAGUAGUGAUAAUGUUAGGGAUUGUAAUGAUAAUGUUGAUGUUGAAGGUUAUAAUGGUGGUGUUAGUAUUGGUGUUGGUCAUAGUGAUUGUAGUGAAUGA